GAGAUAAGAGCGUGGAGGAACUGCGAUGUCUGCGACAACAACUCCAUAUCUCUCUCUUCCGAGUUUCAGAUCAAGACUACAAAAUCCAGCUAAAACCACCCACCAGUUAUCUCCUCCACUCUCUUGGUCUGUUUCAAAGAGAAAGAAGAUCCUGUCUUCUUCUGACAGACAAUUAUGGAGAUUGUGUGCAGCAACACCAGAGGAGAUAGUUUCUUCUGAUACUUCUUCUUCUUCAGAAGCUAUUGUGUCUGGUGGUGGCCAAGAUGGUGUUGCUUUGAUCAUACAAGUGCUUCUCAUUGUCGCUUUUCUUGCUCUCAGUGUUCUCACCAUUGGUGUUGUUUACAUAGGAGUGACUGAGUUUCUUGGGAAGAGGGAGAGAGACAAGUUUGAGAAAGAAGAGGCAGCAAAGAAGUCUAAGAAAAGUGGCAAGAAGAAAGCAGCAACCAGAGCCAGAGCUGGACCAAGGGGGUUCGGUCAGAAGAUUGAUGAUGAUGAUAUUGAUCUUGAAUAAUUCUUUUUUGUUUUGUUCCAUUGCUAGAGAGAGAGAUAGACAAGAUUGAUCUCUGUUUGUAAGACUGCGAUUGUCAUAGUUUUCUUGCUUGCUCCA